CUUAUUUUUUCUUUUCUUUUCAUCUUUCUCGUUGUUAAUGAAUAACACUACUGAAGAAGAGAACUUUUAUGAUUCCAGUCAAGAUGAUUCACACUCUUCAUCAGGAAGUUCAUUGCAACCUUGGAUCAGCUGGUUUUGUUCGCUGACAGGACAUGAAUAUUACUUAGAAGUUCCUGAAGAUUUCAUUGACGAUGAAUUCAAUUUGACAGGUUUAUCGUCCAUUGUUCCAUUUUAUACACAAGCUUUAGAAUUGAUUUUGGAUAUGGAAAGUGGUGAAUUAUUUGAUGAUGAAGACGAAGGCGACGAGGAAGACAAAGAGGAUGAAGAUGACUUUUGGAAUGAAAAAGACAAAACACCUAAGAAAUUAAAAGCACCAGAUCAAAGCAUUAUUGAACAUCACGCGUUUAUGCUGUAUGGAUUAAUUCAUCAACGUUAUCUAAUGACCCGAGAAGGACAAAAAAUAAUGGCUGAGCGAUAUGCAAAUGCUCAAUUUGGUGUAUGCCCAAGAUACUAUUGUUAUCAAUCCCCAGUGUUGCCUGUUGGACAGUAUGAUGAACCUAAUCGUGAAAGCGUAUAUUUGUAUUGCCCUCAAUGUCUUGAUAUUUAUAGGCCACCUAUUUCAAACAAUAAAUGUAUUGACGGUGCCCAUUUUGGUACAACUUAUGCCCACUUGUUAUUCCUCACUAACCCAGAAUUGGUUCCCACCACAAAUCCUCCUGUGUAUGAAGCGCGUAUAUAUGGAUUUAAAGUAAGCCCCAAGUCUAAAACAGGCCCUCGAAAUCAAUGGUUAAGAUUAAAGCCUCCAAGAGAGACAGAAGAAGAGGAAGAAGAAGAAGAUUUUUGAAUUGUAAAUAAAUGAGUUUUUAUUUUUUGUUUUUGCAGAUCAUUACUCC